AUGGACUUCAGCCUGACUGCUGCCGUCUGCACGGUGAUCAUCACAACAUACAUGGUCAGUUCAACACAUCCAGAUUGUUCCAUCGUUCUUCAUCUGCUGAAGAAAGAAAAUGAGUGUAAAAUCCAAACGGAGACAGACGCUGCAUCACUCAGUUCAAGCAGUAAUAAAACUGCAGGUUGUGUGGUGGAGUGGGAUGGAGUGAGCUGCUGGCCGGCUGCGUCUGAAGAUGAGGUCGUCUCUGUCCACUGUCCCCUGCCGCUGACGAAGCCUGAAACUCCUCCAGGUGAACAAAGGUUUCACCUCCGGUGCCAAGCAGCAGUGACGUUCUUCCACUUCUGCGUUGUGUCUAACUUCUGGUGGCUGCUGGUGGAGGCUCUGUACCUGCAGACUCUGCUGCUGCUCGUCUUCACUCAGACCAGGAAGCUGCUCUGGAUCUACGCCGUCAUCGGCUGGGGUGCUCCCACGGUCACUGUUGUGAUCUGGGCUCUGCUGAAAACACAGCUCGAGGAUGAGGGCUGCUGGGACGACCUGGAGAGCCGUCUGUGGUGGAUAAUAAAGAUUCCCAUCCUGCUCUCCAUCUGUAUCAACUUCCUGAUCUUCCUGAACAGCAGGAUCAUCGUUCAGAAGACCAAGGCCACACAUGUGAAUCCAAGUGAGACACAUCUGUACAGGAGGCUCCGUCGCUGCACCCUCCUCCUCAUCCCUCUGUUCGGGCUUCACUACAUGGUGUUUGCCCUGUUCCCGGAUCAUGUUGGUGUGGGACCCCGACUCUACCUGGAGUUAGUUUUAGGCUCCUUCCAGGGUUUUAUUGUUGCUGUGUUGUACUGUUUCCUGAACGGAGAGGUAAGCUGA